UAAAUUGGAUUAUGAUGAUGAUAAUGAUGAAGAAGAAAAAAUUCCGGAUCGAUCAAGAAAAUCAUCGAUAACAAAACGAUCAAAAUCAAAUCCAUCAAUAAUCAUCGACAAUUCAUCUUCGAUUCGUUCAACAUCCAAUGAUCAAUUGUUGAUGGAAGAAACAUCAUCAUCCGUAACAACAAUGAUCAAUGAAGAUGAAACUAAUGAUUGUGGUGGCGCUGGUGGUGGUAACGCAGGUAUAUCCAGUGGUGAUGAUGAUUGCUGUUCGGAUAAAAAUUCUAAUCAAUUACAGGAUUCGACAAUGAUAAUGAUCAAUACACAGAAUUCUAGCGUACGUGAACGUAAACGAAUGUUAAGUAUAAAUUCAGCAUUUGAAGAGCUACGAUUACAUGUUCCAACAUUUCCAUUUGAAAAACGUUUAUCAAAAAUUGAUACAUUAAGAUUAGCCAUAGCAUAUAUUGCAUUAUUAAAAGAAAUUCUAGCUUCAGAUUUAGAUCCAAUUGUUUAUAUUGAAAAAUGUUUACGCGGUGAAUUAAAAGGUGAACAUACAGCCGAAUGGAAUACAAGUGAUUUAACAGCAAGAUUAUCAUGGAUUAAUUGGGAAAAUUUAGGCAUAAAUCUAGCACAACGUAAUCCUAUGGGUACAUUUUCACCAUUUAUACGUACACCACAUUCAAUAUCAUCGAUUCCACAACAGCAAACACAGCAAACAUCAUCAUUACAACCACCACAAUCACAAUCAUCAUCAUCAUCGUUGAUUACAAACAAUUGA